AAAAAAUUUAAAAUCUUGUUUUGUCACCCUGAAGCAAUUCUAAGUGAUGUGGGGAGAAACUUACUAAAGUCAAACACACUCCAGAAAGAAGUAAAAGCCAUUGUUGUAGAUGAAGCACAUUGUAUAGACACUUGGGAUGAUAGCUUCAGAAAAGAAUUUCUUAAUCUUGGAGCCAUUAGAUCCUUUUUUCUGGACAUUCCUGUGCUUGCCCUAACAGCAACUUCUACAGUUAAAACAACAAGCAGAAUAAAAAGUGUUCUUGGAAUGAGGGAUUGUGUUUUUUUGACUAUCAAUCCAAACCGCUCAAAUGUAUUCCUGGUUAAAAAAAAAGAUACCACAAUUCAUAUGGAAUCGAAGGUAUCAAAAAGAUUUUGUUACCGAUUGGAGAAGAUUUAAAAAAACAAGCGAAAGCAUAUCCACAGACUAUCAUAUACUGUAAAUUAAAGUAUUGUGGCUAUGGGUACAAAAUUUUUGAAAGUAUAAUCGGCUCUUUGCAAUAUGUAGGAGGCGAAUGUAAACCAUCCAAAAGUUUGUUUGUGCAAUUUCAUGCAACCCAAAAUAAGCACAUGAAGCAUGAAAUUAUUUCAGAAAUUUCAAAAAUCGACAGUAACAUCAGAGUCAUUUUUGCAACUUCUGCCCUUGGUAUGGCUGAAUAUUGCAAAAAUGACAGUAGCUGCUUGAGAUCUUUGUUGUUGCAGCAUUUCAAACAUAAAGCACCACCACAACAAAAAUGUUGUAUUAUAUGUCAUCCAGAAACCGACUAUGGUAAACAUGAUCACGUCUUGGUCAGAGAAAAAGUACAACGUAAAAUUAGUGAAGCUGAUUUGCAAAAAUUGUCACAAGAAUUUAAUAACCUGCUUGCAGAUUUGGAUGCAAAUUUAACAGAUGAUCCGCCAAGAGAGUUUUUUGGUCUUAGUAUGGAUACUAAAGAAAUUGCGGAGAAGUUUUCAAUGAUAUUGGAUAAUGUCACUGAAAUUGAAAAUGAAGAUAGCCUUUUGGGAUUUGGUCUUUGGGACGAAGAUGUAUCGAAAAAAGCAUAUGAGCUGAUACAAAUUUACACUACAGAAUUACCUUGAGUAUGAAAACAGUAUAUGUAAUUGUUACUUUUUCUUGGGACACCAAAUUUCUAUUUAUGUAUAAAGAAUACCUUAUUUGUACUUUUUAACCAUGCAUCAAGAAUUGAGCUUUUUACAUAAAAAAUUGUUUCACAAAAAGAUUAAAAAAAGCAUUUCCUAGUCAACACUUUGAUUUCAAGAAAAUGCAAAUAAUUAGUACAAGUACAAGUAGCAAUUAGUACAUCUGUCUGAAAACGUUUUGUACUUUAAAGCAUAUAUAUACAUUGAAAGAAUUAAUUUUUGUGACGAUGCAGGUGUGAAAUCCUCAAAAAAAUAAUCCUAGU